AUGGAGGAUUUUGCCAAAGCAGCAUUCAAAUUAGAUCAACAUGCCUCUGCUGACGGGUUUAUGCACCGGCUAUUCCAGGAUCACACACCCUCCAGACCAUCCCUUGCUCCUCUCUUUUCGAUUCCAGUCAUUAAGAGGGAAGUAUGUAGUCAUGACAAUGAACAUCUUGCGAAAGUCACUGACGAUUCUAGGACUACUCUACAUGUAACCACGUCAUUGUUUAGAGAUUCUGCACUUGGAUAUGAAGACACCUCCCUAUUGUUAGCCAGAUGGGCCACCAAUGGUCUUGUUUAUCAAAGCGGCCGUAUUUGUUGCCAAUGUCAUCCAUUAGAUGGGCCACAACCCAAACCAGGCGAGGAGGUAUCAGAUUCUGAAAUUGUUGGCAACCAAGUUAAUCCUCCCAUCAAGAUUAAAUUUAAGAUACCAAUGUCACCAAGUAAAGAUGUUACAACUGUUAAACCUGGGAAGUCAAACAAAUGCAAAGCUGCUACCGAGAAACAGAAGGCUGCUGAAGAUGAGAUCACGCUGAAACCUUCCGCUGAAGAAAAGCGCAAGUGUGCAGCCGAAAAACGCAAGGCAGCAGCAGCAAAACGUGCAACAUCAAAGAAGGCUAAGGGGAAAUAG